AUGGCGUUCAUCAAAAGCACUCUAUCCAAAUUGACUCCGAUCUCAAAAAAUUCGAUUUUAACAAUACAAAAACGGUAUUAUUUGUUACUGCAUGAAUAUGUAUCAAUGGGACUACUUGAAGAAGCAGGUAUUCGUGUACCAAAAUUUCGAGUGGCAGAAACACCCGAUCAAGCAUACCAAAUAGCCUCGAGUGGCGAUGUAGGCAAUGAUCUUGUUAUUAAAGCCCAAAUCCUUGCUGGCGGUCGUGGUAAAGGAACCUUCGAUACAGGAUUAAAGGGCGGUGUUAAAAUGACGUAUUCGCCUGAUGAGGCAAAACAAGUUGCGUCGAAAAUGCUUGGUCAUCGUUUAUAUACGAAACAAACCGGUCGAGAAGGCAAACUUGUGUCGAAAUUAAUCAUGUGUGAAAAAUUAUUUACACGACGGGAAUACUACUUCGCCUUGGCGCUAGAGCGGCGUUUCGGUGGUCCGGUGAUAAUCACAUCAACGCAAGGUGGUACGAAUAUCGAAGAAAUAGCUGCCGAACAUCCUGAUGCCAUUAUUCGACAUCCCAUCGAUAUUCAGAAAGGUCUCGAAUUUAAUGAUGCUUUAGCGAUUGCUCAGAGGUUGGAAUUUCUCAACGAAGCUCUCGAAGAUGCGGCCGAUACCAUCAUGAAAUUGUACAAGUUAUUUAUAACAAAAGAUAUUGUUUUGUUAGAAAUUAAUCCGUUAACAGAGGGAGCUGAUGGAAAAAUCUAUUGUAUGGAUUGCAAGAUCAAUGUGGAUGAUAAUGCAGAGUUUCGACAAGCGACUGUAUUUCAACAGAAAGAUAACACUCAGAGCGAUUGGCGUGAUGUUAAAGCACAAGAAUCAAAUUUGAAUUAUAUUGGUCUUGAUGGUGAAAUUGGCUGUCUUGUCAAUGGUGCUGGUUUAGCGAUGGCUACAAUGGAUAUUAUCAAAUUACAUGGUGGAAAUCCUGCAAAUUUUCUUGAUGUUGGCGGUGGUGCAUCAGCCGGUCAAGUCAAAGACGCUUUCGAAUUGAUCACGGCUGAUCCAAGAGUUCAAGCAAUAUUUGUUAAUAUCUUUGGUGGUAUUAUGAGAUGUGAUAUCAUCGCUAAAGGCAUUGUCGCUGCAGCUAAAGAAUUAAAAUUGACGAUACCAAUUGUCGUACGACUGCAAGGUACACGCGUUGAUGACGCCAAAGCAAUUCUUGCUCAUAGUCAGUUUAAAAUACUUGCUUGUGAUGAUCUCGACGAUGGAGCUCGAUUGGUGGUAAAGCUUGCUCAGAUAGUUAGUCUUGCUCGAUCGGCUUCUAUAGCUGUUCAAUUCGAAUUACCAAUUUAA